AUGCAUACUAUCUUUGAUAUAUCCAGAGUGUUCUUAUUCACUACUACUACUACUACUACUACUACUACUACUACUACUACUACUACUACUACUACUACUACUACUACUACUACUACUACUACUACUACUACUACUACUACUACUACUACUACUACUACUACUACUACUACUACUACUACUACUACUACUACUACUACUACUACUACUACUACUACUACUACUACUACUACUACUACUACUACUACUACUACUACUACUACUACUACUACUACUACUACUACUACUACUACUACUACUACUACUACUACUACUACUACUACUACUACUACUACUACUACUACUACUACUACUACUACUACUACUACUACUACUACUACUACUACUACUACUACUACUACUACUACUACUACUACUACUACUACUACUACUACUACUACUACUACUACUACUACUACUACUACUACUACUACUACUACUACUACUACUACUACUACUACUACUACUACUACUACUACUACUACUACUACUACUACUACUACUACUACUACUACUACUACUACUACUACUACUACUACUACUACUACUACUACUACUACUACUACUACUACUACUACUACUACUACUACUACUACUACUACUACUACUACUACUACUACUACUACUACUACUACUACUACUACUACUACUACUACUACUACUACUACUACUACUACUACUACUACUACUACUACUACUACUACUACUACUACUACUACUACUACUACUACUACUACUACUACUACUACUACUACUACUACUACUACUACUACUACUACUACUACUACUACUACUACUACUACUACUACUACUACUACUACUACUACUACUACUACUACUACUACUACUACUACUACUACUACUACUACUACUACUACUACUACUACUACUACUACUACUACUACUACUACUACUACUACUACUACUACUACUACUACUACUACUACUACUACUACUACUACUACUACUACUACUACUACUACUACUACUACUACUACUACUACUACUACUACUACUACUACUACUACUACUACUACUACUACUACUACUACUACUACUACUACUACUACUACUACUACUACUACUACUACUACUACUACUACUACUACUACUACUACUACUACUACUACUACUACUACUACUACUACUACUACUACUACUACUACUACUACUACUACUACUACUACUACUACUACUACUACUACUACUACUACUACUACUACUACUACUACUACUACUACUACUACUACUACUACUACUACUACUACUACUACUACUACUACUACUACUACUACUACUACUACUACUACUACUACUACUACUACUACUACUACUACUACUACUACUACUACUACUACUACUACUACUACUACUACUACUACUACUACUACUACUACUACUACUACUACUACUACUACUACUACUACUACUACUACUACUACUACUACUACUACUACUACUACUACUACUACUACUACUACUACUACUACUACUACUACUACUACUACUACUACUACUACUACUACUACUACUACUACUACUACUACUACUACUACUACUACUACUACUACUACUACUACUACUACUACUACUACUACUACUACUACUACUACUACUACUACUACUACUACUACUACUACUACUACUACUACUACUACUACUACUACUACUACUACUACUACUACUACUACUACUACUACUAUAAUCAUUGUACUAACUUUGGUUAACUAA